GCCUCAGAUAACGGGCGCGUCGAGGUCGUCAAGCUACUGCUCGACAAGGAGGCCGAUGCGAAUGCGGCUGAUCGAGUAGGAUUAACGCCACUGCACUGGGCCUCAAAGAUCGGGCACGUCGAGGUCGCCAAGCUGCUGCUUGGGGUUGGCAAGGUCAAAGCCGACUCGAAGGACAUAAGGGGUAAGACGCCGCUGUCGUACGCUUCUGAGCGCGGGCACGAGGCUAUUGUCAAGCUUCUGCUCAAGCAUGUUAAUUGA